UUUUACGUGUUACAAUAGUAUUGUCAACUUAUUUGUAAAAAUAAGUAUGUUUUUUCAUUUUGGGUUGUAAGAAUAUCACAUUUCAAAAAUAAAUUCAAUGCUUCUACCAAACGUUUUUGUAAACUUGGUAAAAGUUUUCAACGUUCAAAAAACAUCUAGUUUAUUGCUAUAUUAAAAAUAGUAUGAAAUAUUUUGCUAUCCAGUUAGUCUAUAAUCUGUGUGGUUUUUUUGUCUAUCGAUCGUAUUGUAUAGUCAAAAAUAUUAGAGUGUAUUUUUUGGAUGGAUAUCGACUUUUAAUUCUUUCGAUCUCACGUUUUUGUAUGGAAUUCAGAUUAUCCGGCCUAUCACCGUUCACGGGAGAUAACGAUUCGGAAACAUUCACCGACAUAACAUAACGUCUCUCAAGACGCCUGUAUUUUAGGAUUUCAUAAACACGUUGUUGAUCAAACGCAGAGUACGGUAUACCCUUUUCGGUUGUUUUAAACAAAAACAACGUUAUGAUUUAUAAUAUAACAAAUAAAACUAGAUGUAUUUGAAAAAUGGUUAAUUAAUAAUGAUAUACACACUAACGUUACAAAAUUAUAAACUAUAAGUGGCUGGCGCAAUAAGACAUGGACAUGAGUUACGUGGUUCUGAGCACGUAUAAACUCAAAAAAUUCAUUAUCCAACGAAAAUGACAGGUAUCUACCCGCGCACGGUGGCGACGGUCGCUUGUCAGUUUUUCGAACAGACACCAUAAUUCGCGCGGACACCCGCGAUUGGACUCCUACCAAAAGGCCGCCACCGCCGCCCCCUAAAUAAUAUCGUCUGCUCGACGCACGCACGCACGCGCAUCCGUUGUAGAGGCGGUCUUGUUUUAUAUAUUUUUAAGUGUGGAUAUACCACUGAAUAUCCUGCAUCUCAAACCGUCACAGUAUGUCUUCGCGUACCGCCACCUCCGCCGUGAUUAUUGCGCUUAAGCACACAUUAAAUGUAAUUAUAAUACCAUAAUAUAUACAAAUAUAUAAUAUUAUAAUUCAAUUUAUUAACGUAUUCGAUAUUAUUAUUUUAACAAAAAUAAGUAAAUAGCGGUUCGUUUCAGUAUCCAUAUAAAUACACCUAUAAUAAUAAUAAUAAUAAUAAUAAUAAUAGAAUAUAUUAAUAACACACCGCGUGCUGUACCUACUCGAUAACUGUUACAAUUUUUGUAUGCGUUUUGAAAGUGGUUUCGUCCUGCACAUGCUCAGUGAACAGGGCGCCGCCGUCGGCGGGUCGUACGGCAGGUCCGAGGACGAGUACGCGUCCGAAAACACCAAGAGGUUCACGGUGGACUCGCUCUUGCAAGUCCGGAGGCCGGCUAUUGUGGCCGAUGACAAUAAACGGUCGGCGGCUACCUGCACGACGCCCUGCUAUGAAAUCGAAACAAAUUCUGCAGAGACGGACGGUCAACGAAAAAACAAGCCAAGAAGAAAUCGUACUACAUUUUCUAGUUGUCAAUUGCGAGCAUUAGAAAAAGUUUUUGAAAGGACACAUUAUCCAGACGCGUUUGUUAGAGAAGAACUGGCAAGAAGAGUUUGUCUCUCUGAGGCUAGAGUUCAAGUUUGGUUUCAAAAUCGCCGGGCUAAAUUCAGGCGGAACGAAAGAAGUAGUCUGUCGAGGAAUAAUUCCUCACUAUCGACCACGCCCGAUUGCAGAUCCCCGAACGUGGAACAACCCCUUUUACCUAGAUCGAAUACAAACACCGUUCACUCGGAACCGCCGUUCACAGCUGGCUCCAGUUUUGGCGGACUCCUGGAGUACUCGGCAUGGAAAUCGAACGGCUUGUCACAGUGCGGAAUGUACCAACACUCGUCAAGUUACCCGGCUUUCUUGCCUGCAGCAGUCUCUGCCACAGGAAAUCAUGCCCACAGUAAUCCUUCAAUGUCGAUGUCAGUUUCAAACUGUCUGGUACCAAACCACCACCACUACCACCACCACACCGGUUACAUGGUUUCCACUAACCUGACGAAUAUGAGAAUUCGUCCUCAAGAAUAUUAUAUGGACACUUCUCACAUGUAGAACUGAAGAUCGCAUACAUCACAUAUUUCAGCUCGUCAUGUAUUAUUAUUAUACUUAAAAUAUAUUUUAUUUUGUUCGCUCCUA